AAAAAACUCAACCCACGCGUGUGUGAAAGUCGUGAAAAAAUUCCCUUCAUUAUUUAUUACUUAAUUAAUUAAUUUAACAGAGAGUUUACUGUAGUCACCAAUAAUCCUUUGUACCUAUAAUCAAGGUCGUAAGGAUCUGGAUUGAUCUGACAAUCGUGAGUGAAGUGAAUUUGUGUAAAAAUCUUUCCAACAUAUUUUUAAAAAAUCGAGAAGAAAAGUUGAGGGCAAAGGUUUAGGAGCAAGUGUCCUGAAGGCGAUCACAGCUGAAGGAGAGAGAAAGAGAGGGAAAAAGUGCAAAUAAAAUACAGGAGAUUCGACACCCAACUCUGUCGGACAGGAGGGGCCUGGACUCGAAAUAUAGGCAUUCCAGGGUCGUUGUAUGUACGCAUACAUUAUUGUUAAGCCGGCAGCAGGUGCUACGAGAAAACCUCAGACCCUUCCCAAGUUGAACCGAUUGGAUUGUGGCCCACCCAUUGUGUCGAUACUUUAAUGUGUUGUGAUAAAAGCUGUGAUAUUGUGCAAUUUGAGGUUAUUAGACUGACGAUUAAUACGCUUGGACAUCGCUCUUUGCAGAAAUAGCAAAACUUAACGUCAAAUUGUUGAAACGUCGAACCAGGCCAUUGGAGACAAGCGUCGAUGAAACGGAACCACAAAACGGACGUAACUUGAGGACUCGUGUCAACUGUUGUUGGACAACUAUCGAGUUCUCGUGUCGAUCUGGCCACGAGUAACAGGUGGUUAACAACGUCGUCAAUACGAGCGAAGCAUCAGGGAAUCUCGACUUCCGGAAGUAGCUCAAGUACCUGACCGAGAUGAGGCUCAUGCAGAGAUUGGCCAUCAGCGGACUAUUGUCCGUUAUGCUGAUCGUCCUCUUGACAGGAGCAUUUGUAACCAGGCGUGACCUGGCGAGCGUCGUUGACCGAGGCGUUGGUCCCGAGGAACGAUCUGAACAGGCAAAUCCUGCCUGGGUCCACGACAACGUUGUUCCGGAUCCAGAAUCACAAAAAAAUGAUGAAAAAGAACGAGCUGUACCGAUUUCUGUGGUCAACCCUAGACAUAGACCACAUGAAUCGGAGCCAUCAGCAGUUGGUCCACCACCUGUUCCACUUCCAGGAGCUUACAUCGUUCGUCCACCAAAUCCUCCUCUGGACGAUGUCACUCAUCAACGAAGAGAAAAAGUCAAAGAGAUGAUGAAACAUGGCUGGGACAACUACGUCAGGUAUGCCUGGGGAAAGAACGAACUGAGACCGAUUUCAAAGAGGGGACACAGUGCCAGCAUUUUUGGUGCUUCUACGAUGGGUGCAACCAUUGUUGAUGGUUUGGACACCCUUUAUAUCAUGGGUCUUCAUGAUGAGUUCAAACAGGGACGUGACUGGAUCGCCCAAAAUCUGGAUUUCGAUAUCAAUUCCGAAAUAUCGCUUUUCGAGACAAACAUUCGUUUUUUGGGAAGUCUUUUGGCCUGCUAUGCACUUACGGGAGAUGUGAUGUUCCGAGAUAAGGCAGCGCAGCUCGGUGAGCGGAUGUUACCUGCCUUCCAGACAGAAACAGGAAUUCCUCAUUCCCUCAUCAACCUUAGAACAGGGGCUAGUAAAAACUAUGGAUGGGCAAGUAGCGGUUGCAGUAUUUUAUCAGAAAUCGGAACAAUGCAUCUCGAAUUUGCGUACCUAAGCGAGAUCACUGGAAAUCCGGUUUUUAAAAACAAAGUCGAAAAUGUUCGAAGGACGUUGAAGAACAUGGAAAAACCAAAGGGUCUUUAUCCUAACUACAUUCACCCGAAAACUGGCAAAUGGGGUCAACAUCACAUGUCGUUGGGAGGCUUGGGCGACAGUUUUUAUGAAUAUCUUCUGAAGGCUUGGAUUCAGUCUGGAAAAGAAGACAUGGAAGCUAGGGAAAUGUAUGAUGAUGCGAUGAGUGCUGUUGUUCAGCAUAUGAUCGUUAAAUCUCCAGGAGGACUGCUUUAUCUAUCUGAUCUGAAAUACGAAAGAUUAGAGCACAAGAUGGGUCAUUUGGCCUGCUUUGCUGGCGGAAUGUUUGCAUUGGGUGCAAAAAGUCAAGAAAACGAUGUAAGCAAUCACUAUAUGGAUAUCGCAGCAGGUUUAACAAAUACGUGUCACGAAUCCUACGAUCGUAGUGUGACGAAACUGGGACCAGAAGCUUUCCAUUUUAUUGAAGGAAACGAAGCGAGAAGUUUGAAGAACGGCGAGAAGUAUUAUAUCCUGCGACCUGAGACUUUCGAGUCGUACUUCAUUAUGUGGCGAUUGACGAAGGACCCCAAGUACAGAGAAUGGGGUUGGGAUGCAGUUCAGGCGCUGGAAAAACAUUGUAGAGUUCCUGGAGGUUUUACAGGACUUCUCAACGUCUAUUUGGCAGAUUCGCCAAAGGACGACGUCCAGCAAAGUUACUUCUUCGCUGAAACGCUCAAGUACCUCUACCUUCUCUUCAGCGAUGACGACCUAAUAAGUUUGGACGAUUGGGUUUUCAACUCCGAGGCGCACAUUCUUCCAAUUCGGGGGAAUCCCCUUUUCCGCCAGGCGCCUUCGUUAUAAGCCUAAUGUCAAUUUAGGCACUUCUCGAUAGUAUCAAUUGCCACCUGGACGACUAAAGAUUCCCCAGAUUUUUUCCGAGUCGCUUUUUCCUUUCAAUUCGAAAGGAAAAUGAAAAAAUCGUCAAUUUGAAGGGACUGAAGCUACCAGUCCGGACUCGGAUUUCAUUGGUCAAUCAAGAGAAACGAGCAGCGACUCACAACAGUACCAGACAUAAAAUUGAUCUGGUAAAAUAACCAAUAACUACUCUUAAGUGGACGGACUCUAAAGGUCGUUAUUUAAGUCUACAUUGUACAUAGCGAGAGAGAAAGAGAGAGGAGAGAGAGUUUCAAAAGUGUGAGUGAUUCGUCCUCUUUGCCACCGACCUCUUUCUAUAUUUAAACAAAUUCCUGUUUCGAGAUUCAAAGAAAAAUAGUUCGUAUUUUAUAGACUUCGUGUUUGUGCUAUGGUCGAUGGCUCGCUUUCAUACAUUUUUCAAAAAAAAAAAAAAA